GCUGCUGAAGACUGACUUGAAGUCAGUUCAGUUUCCAGAGUUCAUCACGCUCACAGCGCUUCGGUUCGGUUCGGUUCCGUCUGAGAAAAACAACAACACCUUUUUCUGCUUGGAGCGGCUCACGAGCACAAGGAGAGAGGCCGGGGAGCGCGGAGCGGACUGGGGCUCAUGGAAACACGAUGCGGCUGGAAAAACGGCGGCGGACUUGAUAGUUUCACUCGAGAGAAGAGGCGAAGCGAGGCGAGAUGAACACGCUCGGCCCGAUGCUGGCCUCAUUUCUGCCGCUGCUGCUUCUCUGUCGGAUUUGUGUCUGCCAGUACUCAAGCGACCAGUGCAGCUGGAAGGGCAGUGGUCUGACCCAUGAAGGCCACACCAGGGAUGUGGAACAGGUGUACCUACGCUGCUCACAAGGCUCUCUGGAGUGGCUCUACCCCACCGGGGCCAUCAUCGUCAACCUCCGACCCAACACCAUAUCCCCCGCCUCUGCCCGCCUCUCUGUCUGCAUAAAACCCUCCAAGGACUCCACCGGCACCAACAUCUACCUGGACCGCAACGGCAGGCUGCGGCUGCUGCUGCGCGAGGAGGAUCAGGCUCAGGGGAAGGUUCACUGCUUCAGCAUGCAGGAGGGAGCACUCUUCAUCGAGGCCGUCCAACAUAUGGACAUCAGCCGCCGGAUUACGGCGUUCCAGUACGAGCUGGUCAGUGACAAGCUGAGAGCGGAGGCACUCUCGCCUUCUGCACCCUGUCAGCCCUGCAGUGAUGCCGAGAUGCUUCUAGAAGUCUGCACAAACGACUUUGUGGCACGAGGCAGCAUUAGGAAUGUGGAUCAGAAGGAUGACUACGCCUCUGUUACCGUGGAGAUCAGUCGCCUCCACAGACAGAAGACCCAGGUCUUUGCGCCUGGAGGUGUUAGGGUCCGUAGCUGGACUGGUAACAUUAAGAUGCCCCUGCAGUGUAAGGUGAAGUCUGGAGAGGGGGAGUUCCUCUUCACUGGGACGGUGAGGUUUGGGGAGGCCUGGAUGGGCUGCGCCCCGCGUUACAAAGACUUCCUGCGGUUGUAUCACCAGGCACAGCUGCAGGGGACCAAUCCCUGCCAUGUGGACACAGACUGACUGGAAACCGAGUCCUAAGGGAGCAGGGAGGAGAGAUGAGGUCCUGCUGAGUAGAGAGAGGCUGACCCAGUGGCAGAGCCUCGCACCUCCUCUGUCUCAUGAAUCAUUUUGGAACUGUGUUUAGAGCUCCUGAAAGUUGCCUAGCAGCAUACUAGCCAUUUCAAAGCUGGAAUGUCUUUGGAUCGUCUUCAAACACAAGGAACUGCAAAGUUUUAAAUGUAGCAGAAACCCAGUGAGGUUUUAUUUGUAAAAAAUGUGAGUAAAUAUUGUACAUUUUGAAUCUUGAUGUGCUUUGUAAAACACUUGAUGUACAGAUCUGUUUCUUAAGACAAAUGUUUAAAGUGAUUAUUUUGUUAAAUAUAUUUGCAAUGCCUGAACUAGUGUUUUGUGUUUUAUUUCAGGCUUAAUUAUUGUAAAAGAAAAAAAAAACAGAUAAAAUUAUUUUUUUGUUCUUGAGAAUAAAUUUUUUAUUCCUGUG